AUGGAACAGCCUAAAAAAUGAAAUAGGGUUUCCGCUCUCAUUGGGUGUAUGGUUGCGAAUAUUGUAAUAUUAAAUAAGGUAUCUGGGUCAAUAAAUGCUUGGGGAGUAAUUGGAAUUUAUUUAGCCUCUUAUUAUUAUUCUAAGGAUUCAUCUAUCGACGAAUCUGAUAUGUAUUUAGCAUUCACAUUAUCUUAUAUUUUAGAACCAUUAUGUUUUAGUAACUUUUAUUAAGUUGUGGCAAGCUAUCUUUGCGAAAUAAUUGGAUGUAAAUUUACAGCAUACAUAGGAACAAUAUUAGGGUGCAUAAUUUUAUUUGCAUCUUCCUUCACUACAAACCCUUAUUUAUUUAGUAUUUUAUAUGGGUUGGCUGAAGCAAUAAUUUCUGGAAUGAUUGAUAUGCCGGUUAUAUGAGCCUGUUGGCCUUAUUUUCCAAAUAAAACUGGCUUAGUAACGAGUAUAGGCUUCUCAGGAUAUAGCUUAGGUCCAACAAUAUUUGGCUUAAUAUGGACUAUGAUGGUUAAUCCCAACAAUAAAUCUCCUCAUUCAAAACAUAACGGAAACUCUUCGUCGAGUUAUUUUGGACAUGAAGUCUAUAAUAAAGUUCCAGCAACUAUAAGAUGGAUAUGCUUGAUUUACUUAAUUAUGCAACUUGCUGGCACAAGCAUGAUAACCAGCCAUGACAAAACAAAAAAAGGGUCAGACGGAAUAAAGCUAGAAAAACGUAGCUUAAAGUUAAAAGACAUCCUGAAGCAAUCCCUUUUCUGGAAGCUUUCACUAAAUUUUUAUUUUUUCGUUGCUCCAUAUGCAUUUUUGUUUACAAAUUAUAAAAGUAUAGGCUUGACCAAACAUAAAAACGACCAUCUAUUUUCUUAUCUUGGAUCUAUUGGAUUUGUAACAUCAUGCAUAUCAAGAAUAUUUUGAGGAAUUUUAGUUGAUAAAUAUGGGUGAAAAAGAGUUACAAUAGUGUCUGGUGCCAUUCAAUUCUUCGUAUAUUGCUCUAUUUAUUUUACUCUUACAGAAGAAUACUUAUUUUGUGCCUGUGUAAUAUUUGCUUUUAGUUUUGGGAGUGGUACGUACCUUAUACUAACGAUAGGAACGAGCCUUCUAUAUCCCAAAGAUCCUUGGGUUGUAUCAUAUGCUGUCAUUGGAGUGGCACUGAAUGUUGUAACUAUCUAUUUUGUGCAGCUCUUUAUUACUCCUGUAAUUUUCAUUCAGAUUAUUGGAUACAAGACUUUGUUUUUCAUCAUUUCAGGGUGCAUGAUAAUCAACUUAUUAAUUACUUAUUUUACUCCAAGCAUAUAUAAUGAGAUAUCAUCUCAAACAGACAUCUCUUUGCUUAGCAUUGAGGACAACUCUGUAAGUAAAGUGAAAUCUUAA